AUGAGUGGCUCUUCCGAUAAGAAGCUCACCAGCAUCCUCACCGACCUCUCGGGCUCGCUGAGCUGCCAUGCUGCCUCCAAGGACUCUCCUACUUUACCCGAGUCUUCCAUCACCGAUCUGGGCUACUACACCAGUCAACAUGACUACUACUCGGGCCAGUCCUACAGCCAGUCCGUGAGCCACUACUCUUACCACCAGUUCAACUUCAACGGCAUUGGUGCUGCCAGCACCUACUUGCCCAAAUCUGACUAUUCCUACAGCCCUUCCUACCGCCAGUACAACCACUUCAGGGACCAGCAGCUCCCAGCCCAAGAAGCAGUGUCCGUGAAGGAGGAGCCAGAGCCAGAGGUGCGGAUGGUCAAUGGGAAACCCAAGAAGAUCCGCAAGCCCCGCACCAUCUACUCUAGCUACCAGCUGGCGGCUCUGCAACGUUGCUUCCAGAAAGCACAGUAUCUGGCGCUGCCCGAAUGAGCUGAACUGGCUGCACAACUGGGGCUCACCCAGACCCAGGUGAAGAUCUGGUUCCAGAACCGUCGCUCCAAGUUCAAGAAGCUGUACAAGAAUGGUGAGGUGCCAUUGGAGCACAGUCCCAACAACAGCGACUCCAUGGCCUGCAACUCCCCCCCCUCCCCGGCCAUCUGGGACAGUAACUUGCACAGUAGUGCACCAGGCCGGACCCCACUCCCGCAGUUGCUUCCCUACAGCUCUUCCCCUGGCUUUAUGGAGGAGCACAACCCCUGGUAUCACCCCCAGACCCUCAGCGGAUCCCACGGACCCCACCAACCACCGCCAGUCACCACGAUGCAUCACACCUCCCCGGGGCCUCCUGCCGACACCAGCGCCAUCUACUAACAGCCCCAGCAAGAAAAGGAAUGAGAGAUAGUGGCAGAACUCCUUUGCCUCCUGUUUUUUUUCCCCUCUAUUUUUGUUUUUUUUUCUUCUUUUUGCCAAAAACCAAAAGAACACCCAUGCACUCCUAGAUAUACACUUAUAUAUCCUAUCUUCUCCCAGCUCAACUCAGGAACAAGAGGACUGCAAAGGGUUAAGCUUGUUAGCUCCCAGGCCAGGGCAGGGGAGGAAAAAGUGCCCAAUUCCUCAGAUGCAUUUUUUUUUUAUUCCUUUUCUCAUCACCCCUAAUAAAACUGGUCCCCGAGGAGCCACAUCCCACUAGAGGUUCCUCACAGGAGCUUUUUUUUUUGGGGCCAUCCCAGUGAGCUGCCUUGAGGAGGGCUACACCAUGCUAUGCUACCCCCACCCUGAGCAUGAGUGGGCCCCAAGAAGGGGCACGAAGGGCACUUGGAGCACCUGCCCCCUACUUGGGAUGGAGCCAGUGGGGAGGACACAGCGUCAUGGCAUGUGGGGGUCCAUCAUUGAUGCUGAAGGAGCAGGACAUGCUUCACCCUCACAGCACCUGAAAUCUGGGGAACUGUUUGAGGCUGGAGGGGGUGCCACGGACACCCCAUGGGAGCAAACCAAGAUCCCCAACCUGGCCGCUUCCAUGGCAUCUUCACAGGAAUCACCCAGGGACAAUGCUCAGACAAUAAGGUGGUUAUUUAAAAGUCAAGUAAGAAGUGUGUGGGGAGAAAAUAUUUUAAUAUUUAAACAGUUCAGGAACAGAUUAAGUUAUUUUUUAAAAAAGAAAAUCAGUGCUCAUGUCCAUUUUCUAGCAGUGCCUCCAUCUGUACCAGUUAAGCUACGGACAGAGCAGAAUGCCUAUUUUUUAAAGAAACUGACAACACAUUUUAAGGAAAGAAAAAAGAUCAAAAAAACUAUUUUUUAAGAGAAUGACACUAUUUUUUUAAAAGCAGAAAGUGCAAUUUUAAGAGGUGUUCAUAUGUGUUGCACAGUUCCAAGGACCUUAUUUAUGUUGCCUUAUAUAAAUAGAGGUAUAGGAGGGGAAAAAAGAGUGUACAUAAGGUUCAUUUGUAUAAAGUUGAUCUAAACCAAACUGAUUUCAGUCUGGUUUUUGUUCGCUGUUAUUUAAGGUAAAAAAUCCCUCUCAAGCCAGGUUGACAGGAGCACACCCUAAGACUGGGGGCUCCUCUGAGAGUCCUU